ACAAAUGCUGCUCGCUGUCUAUCCACCUGGCCACGCAGGCUUCAGGCUCUAUGAAGUGCACUUGCGCUUGCGCAACAGCACCGGCACCGGCGAGCUGAUUAGGGUGGACAGCCUAGGUGAUCGCGCGCUGUUCCUCGGCACGGAUCAAUGCCUGUCUGUUUCGACCAGGGGCCUCCCUUCUCUGAGGGGCAACUCCAUAUACUUCUCUUUAGUCGGCAGCCCUGUCGUGCUGCACCCGCUGGGGACUGAAUCGUCGGAGGACUUGGCAAAGCACUGCCAGAUACACAACAUGGUGGAUAGGAUCCGCCCCUCCGUGCGCCCCUUCACCAUUGUUGAUCAUCUUUUCACCUACUGCCAUCCUCGUCAGUGGGCUGAAGGACUCAUGUUCCACGAGUUCCACAAUAUACCUCAAUCUUUCAAGGAGCUGCGGGGCAGCAUCGAGGCAAAAAAUUCAAAACUGCGCAUUCCGCCCGUUAGGAGAUAUCGAAGAAGUGGAGUUCAACGUGAUACAACUAGUGCAAUUUAAGAGUGAGCCAACCUAGUUAUCUCUUCUGCGAACAACAAUGUG